UCGCAAACUUGUUGUACCCGCAACCUCUCUUCUCCUGGCCCUCUCCGAACUCCAAACCCUAGAGGCGCCGCACACCGCAGCGACACGUCCAGCGAGAUGCGGCCGCGCGGCAGAGGGGACGACCCUGACGACGACGAGGACUACGAGUCCUCCCCGCAGCGGAGCGCCCCGGGGUCGGAUGCCGAGCCCGAAGAGCCCGCGCCGCCGCCGCCGCCGCAGCCCACGCGCGCGCCCCUCAGCAGCCUAGUCGUCCGGCCGUCGCCGCCGCCGCCGCAGGAUAACGGCGCGUCCUCCCAGUCCCCUGCCCGUUCGUCCCCCUCCCCCGUCGGCGACGCCCAGGGUCGCCGCCGCGGGUCCUCGCUCCCUCGUCGCCGUCGCGAGUUCUCGUCGCCGGGCCCCCGGAUCAGGGAGAGACGCCGGUCGCCGCCGCCCCCCGCGAGGCGCCGCCCUGGCAGCCCGCCGCCCCCCCAGCGCCGCCGCUUCAGCCCACCCGGUUACCAGCCUCGGCCCCCACGAUUCUACGACGAGCCGCAAGGAUAUGGCAUGCAUGCUGGACCAUCACCUCCGCGCCAACGCAGAUUAGAAAGCAGCAACUUUGAUGACGCUAUUGGUCCACGUUACACCCAUGGCUAUGAAGGGAAUGGUAGAGGAUAUGCAAGGGGUGGUAGGGGAUAUGAAGGGGGUGGUAGGGGAUAUGAAGGGGGUGGUAGAGGAGGUGCAAGAUUCCAAGAUGUUUCUCCACCAUAUGGAAGAGGAGGCAGGUCGCACGGGAGGGGGAGCUAUAAUGGUCCUGGAAAGGAGUUCAUUCUAAUUGAUGGAGAAUAUGUUCACAGGAAUGAUCCAAAUCUUUCACCAAGAGAAGGUGAUUGGAUAUGCCAGAAUCCGAGUUGUGGAAACCUCAACUUUGCUCGAAGAAGUCACUGUAACAACUGCAACAAACACCGCUAUGAGUCUAGUCUUAGUCCUCACAGGGGUUACUUUGACUCUCCUCCACGAGUGCCUGCAAGGCCACUUGGUCAACCAAGUGAUCGUGCUCCUCCAAGAGAAAUGGCGAGGUACAAGCCAGCACCCCGUGAUUGGGGUGUGGGUGAUCCUAGAAGUUAUCCAGCUAGAUCACCUCCAGAACGCGUAGGACGAUUUCCAGAUCCAUUGCAGAGGGAAAGGGGUUUCCGUGGUGAACGUGAGUUGCGUGACCCUGUGAAGUUUGAGUGGUCUGCUGCGGAGUACAAGCAGAGGGAGCGUCCACAUGGUGGGUUGUAUCUUGACAGGAGCCGAUCUCCUCAGGGGAGCUGGGGGAGCGAUAUGCGGGACAGAAGCAGAUCUCCUGCAGGUAACAGACCAAUGAAGGGUGCUUUCUUGGGCAGAGGUCGACCAGACCUAGAGUAUGGUGGUUCAUAUGUAGGCCGAGGGCGGUUGGAUGGUGGGCGCGGGCGUGGACGUGGGCGUGGCCGUAUUUACAGGCCAGGAGGUGAUCCAUACCCUGGCGAGGGCCGAGAUGAUCGGCGCGCUGCUCUUCAUGGUAGGGAUGAUGGGCGCUACUAGUUCAUCCUUUGAACUGAUUCUCUGGAAAGAAAGAUCUAGUUAAGACGGUGCAGGUCCAGCCUGUAAUAUUAAACUAUCAGUACUGUUUCCUCAACUGUGAUGACAUUUGCAAUGUUCUGAAAUGAACAAGUCCACUAUGCACUGGAUGAUGGUAUUAUUUUGGUUCAGUGAGCAGCUGGGUUGUUAUGUCAAAGCUGAUCUGAUUAUUUGGUUAUUUUGGGUUGCUUCUCGGUUGGGUUGUACCCUCAUGCCUGGUCGGGUGGAGUAUAUGCAACACAAGGAUUUCAGGUUGCUCUGGCAGCUGUAGGUCACAUGCCUUGGCCCUUGUGGUCUACGAGUUGUGGGCAUAGCCAGAAAGGUUCCGUAAUCACGGCAAUGUGUACUUCCAGUGGAACCCACUGCACUGCAUGAUGGCCUGAAGCAUCAAUGAAAAAGUCAUCAUUGGUAGAGCUACAAACAGGGGUGAUUUAACCUAUUGGAAGAAACUAAAGUUUUGUAGUGUGCAAAUAUCAAAUGUUUCACCGAGGCCUAUUUAGGACGUUGUACUAGGAACGGAAGACAGGUCGUGGUAUGCUUCGAUUUGUGUUAUGAUUUAUGAAUGUGUAUAUCUUGUGCCGGUUACACCAGGUGUAUCAA